UUCAAGUGCCGGCAAAAGAAGGAAGCUAACAAAAAAAAACUGACUGGAAUAUCCAUGGCAGCGGCGUCAACGGCGAACCUGCUUAUGGACCUCCGAUUGGAGAGUUGGAAAUCCAACGGCGCUGUUCCUCUUUUACUCCCUAAACCCACUUGGGUCGUCAGAACUGAGUCAAAUGUUGGGCGAAAGAUAAUGAAGAAGCCUGAUCCACCGUGCGUUGUCUGCAAGGGAAGCGGCAGAGUGGAUUGCCAUUAUUGUCAUGGAAGAGGAAGGACAAACCAUGCUCAUGUAGAGAUGCUUCCCAAAGGAGAAUGGCCAAAAUGGUGCAAGAGUUGCGGUGGCAGUGGCCUCAGCUACUGCUCUCGUUGCCUUGGAACAGGGGAAUACAGGUAUAUAAUGGGCUUCAAUUUCAUGAAGCGAGACAAUGAUAGCACCCAAGAUACCAAGUAUCAGAUUGAAGGUGACCGUGAUUCACAGAGUACGGCCGAUCGAUUGCUUCAUCGUGAACAGACUGAUCAUUCAGAUAAUUAGAUAUGGAGGAAGAAAUGGUGGAAGUAAACACUCAUACGCAUUACUGUCAUGUCCGAUGAGAUAAUGGUUUGCUGCAGACUGGUCAUUUGGCUAUGCUAGGACUUAAAUUGAUUAAAAAAACAUUUACUUUUAUUAACACUUUGAUAUUCCAUUCCAUUUCUUUAUUUAAA